AUCCCAGUACGCUCAGUAUUUCCAGCCAUGGGUGCGAUGAUCCUGCUUGUGGCCCUUCUGGGUGUUUUUAUUCAUCCUUUACUUGCAGAUGAGUCAUACCAAUAUGCCGAACAAGGAUCCAAUGGAGUAACUGUGUACCACACAGUUAACAUUAACGAGCAGGUCAAGGUUGUCGUUUUUAACGUAUACUCUGGCAAGCAGUCAGCAAAUGCAGUCUUCGACUACAGCCAGAACAUAAUCGCCUACCACAUGCCUUACAGAGGGAUCUGUGUCAUCGCUCACAUGGAUAUUGCCACCUUCCCGAGUCUGGGAAUAUUUAAUAAGUUCAUCCACACCAAGAGGGAGAGACAAAAGGAACUGAAUAAGCUGCUAAAACACUAUGAGAUCAGCAACCAGCAAGUAGGAGAUCUGUCCCAGUUUGGACGUGCUGUGGAUGGACUAUGCUGGGGAGUGCCAACUUACUGGGCUAUUGAGAAAUCUAGGCCAAGAACCGGCUUUGGAGCUGAUGGUUGUGCUGGAAUACAUUUCCUUUUCAUACAUGUUGGAAUGUGUGCAGGUUUCCAUCUUUUCUAAUGCCUACAGCAAGACCAUCAUGACAAGGAGCAAAUUUCCUGCAAGUACAGGCCACAGAAUGUCAAAAUCAUAUAUUUUAUUAACCGCACAUUUAAACCAAAGAUAAAAAAUAACCUACAACAUUUCUUUCUACUAAGGGACCCUGGGUAACUGAAUAUAAAUCGAAUGUGCUCUAUGUUCUUAUUACUAUGUCUCCCUUAUGGUCAGUCUGAUCACAUAGAGUAAAAUAAACUUUGAGAAUUGAAGAGGA